AUGACUUCUAGCUGCACGAGUGUGAGGGGAAGCCGCUGAAAAUGCUUCCUGGGGCGAAUCCCUGGGGUUUUGUGAUCCGGACUUGACCCGGGCGGAUGAGCACACACUUGGCCGACUUUAGCUCUGAUCCCCGCAUAAGAUGUUGGGUGUUGGGUGUAAAAUUCCCGGGACAACGGCAAACUUGUGGGUGUGAUCGCAACUUCUGCACACACGCAUGGAGCCGCCGCAGACUGCAGGAGAAGAUCCGAGCAGCGUGUUCCGGCAGGAGACGGAGGUCCGCUGUCGGAGGAGAGUGGCAGCGCUGAGCGCUCCCGCUCUGUCCGCCUCACGGCUCACCUUACCCGGCGUCAUGGACGCAGAAGGGAGGGUCGACGAGUCAAGACUGAGGAUGCACAUCUUCAAAAACGGUGGUGUGUCUCCAUCGGAGCGAGGCCUGGCGUGGCGGUUCCUGUUCGGGAUGUACCCUUGCAGCUCCACUGCAUUGGAGCGGUCUUUGCUGCAGGAGCAAUUGCUGGUGCGUUACCGCCUCAUGAAGAGGAAGUGGCAGCAGUUUCUCCCCUCCGCAGUGCGGAUACAGCUCAACGGUACUGAUGCUGAGUUGUUCACAGCUGUCCGCUACUUUGACGAGCGGGAGGCACAAAUCCAGCAGCAGGCCCAGGACCAGUCUGAGGAGGUGAAAGACAGAAUUGCCUUCUUGGAGCUACAAGCACAGAUACUGUUUGAGCGUGUGACGUUCGACCAGGAGGAGCUGCGGGAAGCCGCACGAAUCAUUGACAAGGAUGUGCCCCGCACCAGCAGAGACCUGGCCUACUACCAAGAUGAAGGUUUGGGUAAUCUGUUGGUGCUAAGAGACAUCCUCAUCACUUAUGCUGCUUUUCAUCCAGAGGUUAGCUAUGCCCAGGGAAUGAACGACCUCUGCAGCCGAUUUCUGGAGGUCCUAGACUCGGAGGUGGACACCUUCUGGAGUUUUUCCUGCUACAUGGAGAAGUUCUCCCGGGAUUUCAUGGCGGAUGGCCUGCACAGAAAAAUAGAGCUGGAGGCAGCCUUGUUGAAGGAAUUGGACCCUCCACUGUAUACUCAUCUAGUCAAAGACAACAUGGAGAGCUUUACAUUUUGCCACAGGUGGCUUCUGCUGGGUUUUCAAAGGGAGUUUGAACACAGUGAUGCAAUACGUUUGUUUGAAAUCCUGAGCUGUGACCAUCUGGAGCUAAUCUCACAGCAGGUUGACCGCGCUCGAUAUCAGGAGAGAUUAGGCCUAAACCACUGCACAGAGGAAAGUUCAGAGUCACCACAGCAAAGCUUCAAUACAGACUUCACCUUUGAGCUCUUCAUCUGCGCAGCCAUCCUGUUGGAUAACAGGGAGUCUCUGCUCCGUUGCCGAGAUGACGUGCAGCUAAUCCAGUUCACCAGCAGUCUUCAGGGAAAACUGGACCUGAACAGCACCGUGAAGAAAGCAGAGAGCCAUUUCUACAACUACUGCAAGCGCUGUGCGAGGGAUUAUAUGAAUGGCCACUGCCGAGCAAACAGUAGCAAACAUGAAGACUUCUUUUACCAGCUCCGCAGUUUGUUUGUCCUAAAGUGAUAACUUUCUCAGAUGCUAUAAUUAUUACAUUUAUAAUUUUUCCCCCCAACUGACAUUUCCUUAUAGGCACACAUAUUUAUUAAUUACGUCAUUUCUGAAAGAAACAUUUGUUUAAUGGGUUGUAAUUAUUAUUAAUGUACAGUAUUUAUUGAAAGUUACCCUGCAAGUGUUAUGAGUUGUUGUGUUUAAAAAUUAAAAGCUAAAGUCUAA